CUCUGAAGCCGCUGCUUCACUUUCUCCUCCGCUGCAUCCCAAUCAUUUCUCCAUCCACCUUCCCUUCUUCUGCUGCAGCGGAGCGGUCUGGAGUCUGGAGACAGGGAGCUGAGAGUCCGAGACACUGACGAGCCAACAAUCGGAUUUUUAAGCCUGUCACGACUACGUGCGCCACGGGGUCUCACUUCUUGUGAAAUUAAAACAAAGACUGUUUCCUCUAAAGAAUGCAAUAUUGGCGAGUGAAGUCCGUUGGAAAUUUACAAAGUUGUUAGAAGCUGCAGCUUCUCACCUUGUCUGGACAUUUUGUCACUCAAGGUAUUUUUUUUUUUAUCCAAAUCCUCUCCGUUCCGCGCCGUCGCCGUCGCUUGCUCCAGGUGAAGAAAGAUGGAUCUCCUCUUGCUCCGUCAGCCGGCAGUUCACUCAGACCCGGACCAAAUGUAAGAACUAGGACCAGCGGAUAGGUGCUUUGUGGAGGAACCUGCCUUGACUCUGACCCCGUUGCCUCUCGGCUUGAAGUACCUCAGUGACAACCGGUGAUAGAUGUCGCAGCAAACAUGAGUUUUGGAAACAGAUUUUUCCUCGUUCCACUCUUUCUUGGAAUUGUCCUCCCGCGCUUCAGCCAUGGCAACCAAGUUGUGCUGCUGGAUACGACAUCUGUACUUGGAGAGCUUGGAUGGAAGACAUAUCCUAUAAAUGGGUGGGAUGCCAUCACAGAAAUGGACGAGCACAACCGGCCUAUCCAUACCUUCCAGGUUUGCAAUGUGAUGGAGCCCAACCAGAACAACUGGCUUCGCUCCAACUGGAUCUCUCGACAGGCUGCCCAGAAGAUCUACGUGGAGCUUCGCUUUACUCUACGAGACUGCAAUUCCAUCCCUUGGGUGUCUGGUACCUGUAAGGAGACCUUUAACCUCUUCUACCAUGAGACCGAUGAGGCUCAUGGGGUCAAAUUCAAGUCUGCUCAUUACACUAAGAUUGACACCAUUGCUGCUGAUGAGAGCUUCACUCAGAUGGAUCUCGGAGAUCGCAUCCUCAAGCUCAACACUGAGGUGCGCGAGGUGGGGCCUAUAACAAGGAAGGGCUUUUAUUUGGCAUUUCAGGACAUCGGAGCUUGCAUUGCCUUAGUGUCAGUGAGGGUUUACUAUAAGAAAUGUCCAUUCACACUGAGGAACCUGGCCUCAUUUCCAGACACAGUUCCUCGUGUGGACUCUUCCUCAUUGGUGGAGGUCAGGGGGGCGUGUAUCGACCAUGCUGAAGAAAGAGACACACCAAAACUGUUCUGUGGAGCUGAUGGAGACUGGUUAGUUCCUCUGGGAAAGUGCGUCUGCAGCGUUGGAUAUGAGGAGAUCGAUGGAUCAUGUAGUGCAUGCCACCCAGGCUUCUACAAGGCAUACGCCGGAAACAUCAAGUGUUCAAAGUGCCCUCCACACAGCUUCAGCUACGGAGAAGGAGCUUCUAUGUGCCGCUGUGAGAAAGGCUUCUUCAGGGCUGAGAAAGAUCCUCCAACAAUGGCUUGCACACGCCCUCCAUCUUCAGCUCGCAACUUGUUGUUUAACCUGAACGACACCUGUUUAAUGCUGGAGUGGUCACCUCCCAGUGACACGGGGGGUCGCAGGGACCUCACCUACAAUGUCCUGUGCAGACGCUGUGGCCCAGAACCGGGCAAGUGCCAGCUCUGUGAGGAAGACCUUCGUUUCCUGCCCCGACCGUUAGGCCUGACCAAUGCCACUGUCGCUGUCAUGGACUUCUCAGCGCAUGCCAACUACACAUUUGAGAUUGAAUCCCUCAACGGUGUGUCAGACAUGAGCUCCUUCCCCCCACAAGUGGCCGUCAUCACCGUCAGCACUGGUCAGGGUGGUCCAUCUCUGGUCAGUACUCUGAAGAAGGACUGGGCCUCUCCGAACAGUAUCGCUCUCUCCUGGCAGCAACCAGAACCAAUGACACUACCCAUCCUCGAGUACGAGAUCAAAUAUUAUGAGAAGGAACAAGAGCAGCUGAGCUACUCAUCGACACGCACCAGGGCUCCCAGUGUGAUCAUCUCAGGUUUAAAACCAGCAACCUGGUACGUCUUCAGUGUGCGCACUCGCACACCAGCUGGAUACAGUUCUUACUCCCCGAAAUAUGAAUACGAAACCACAGGGGACUCCUCAGACAUUGCUUCAGAUCAAGGGCAGGUGUUGGUCAUCGUCACAGCAGCUGUUGGUGGAUUUACCCUCCUGGUCAUCCUCACCCUCUUCCUCCUGAUCACUGGAAGGUGUCAGUGGUACUUCAAGGCCAAGAUGACGUCAGAGGAGAAGAGGAGGACCAGCUAUCAGAAUGGACUUGUCCCCUUUCCAGGAAUAAAGACCUAUGUGGACCCUGAUACAUAUGAAGACCCCACACAAGCCGUCCACGAGUUCACCAAGGAGAUCGACCCAUCCAGGAUCCGCAUUGAGAGGGUGAUUGGAGCCGGUGAGUUUGGUGAGGUGUGCAGUGGACGCCUGAGAACCCCAGGGAAGAAGGAGAUUGCUGUGGCAAUCAAGACGCUGAAAGGAGGCUAUGUGGAGCGUCAAAGGCGGGACUUCCUACGUGAGGCGUCAAUCAUGGGCCAGUUUGACCACCCCAACAUCAUCAGGCUGGAGGGCGUGGUCACUAAAAGCAGGCCUGUGAUGAUCGUGGUGGAGUACAUGGAAAAUGGCUCACUGGACUCAUUUCUCAGGCAACAUGAUGGUCACUUCACUGUCAUCCAGUUGGUUGGCAUGCUGCGUGGAAUCGCCUCAGGCAUGAAGUAUCUCUCAGACAUGGGUUACGUUCACCGAGACCUGGCAGCUCGAAACAUCUUAGUCAACAGCAACCUGGUGUGUAAAGUGUCCGACUUCGGCCUGUCCCGGGUCCUGGAGGACGACCCAGAAUCUGCUUAUACGACAACGGGUGGUAAGAUACCCAUCCGAUGGACCGCUCCUGAGGCUAUCUCGUACAGGAAAUUCUCCUCAGCAAGUGACGCAUGGAGUUAUGGCAUUGUCAUGUGGGAAGUGAUGUCAUAUGGGGAGCGGCCAUAUUGGGAGAUGUCCAAUCAGGAUGUGAUUCUGUCCAUAGAAGAGGGCUACCGGCUGCCUGCACCUAUGGGCUGCCCCGUCGCCCUGCACCAGCUCAUGCUGCACUGCUGGCAGAAAGAGAGGAGUCAUCGGCCCAAAUUCACAGAUGUUGUCUCUUUCUUGGAUAAACUGAUCCGUAACCCUAGCAGCCUACUGCCCCUGGUAGAGGACCUUCAGAGUUUACCAGAGUCACCAGGGGAAGAAAUGGACUAUCCAAUGUUCAUCUCCAUCGGCGACUGGCUGGACUCCAUUAAGAUGAGUCAGUACAAGAGCAAUUUCAUGACAGCAGGCUACAACACAAUCGAUUCUGUGGCAAGGAUGAGUAUUGAAGAUGUGAGGAGUAUUGGAGUGGAGCUGAUCGGCCACCAGAGGCGGAUUAUCAGCAGCGUACAGACCCUCCGCCUACAGCUACUUCACGAACAGGAGAAGGGUUUCCAUGUAUGAGGACAGCCUGGGAUGGACAAAUAGAAGGACCAGACGGAAGUGAAGUCUAGACCUGUGGACAGACAGUCUCCAGCCUGUGCCUGUGUCUAAACUCCUCAUGCAAGAGGUCAUCAGACAGACUUCCACAGCGGACUACCCACUGGUCUUCCUCACAUCCAGUAGUAACAGACUCUUUCCUACUAUACGCCCCUUAUACCUGGUCGAAUACCUGGACCUGCCAGACUAUUACAGACUCAAAAGACUGGCCAAGGCCCUGACUUAGGGGAAUGUAAUGCCUUGUUGCAGCAGCAGUACUUUGUGUAUGAAGCAACAAUAUCUAGAGAUGUAGAUUUGCAAACAUAAUCUACUAAAUCUUUUGACCCUUUUUUUUCUCGCUCUGAGUGCUCAUGUAGCUGCUAUCCGGUGUGCAAUCGAAAAGAUAGAAAAAAAGUAUCCUCAAUGAUUUUUAUAUUUGAGUUUGAUAAUUUAUCAUAAAGAGAAUAUUUGCAUUGAUUUAGUUUAUCCUCUCUCCAGAGAAUCAGAUACACUAAUACUUGAAGGAAGAAGCAGAGAGCAAGCUUUUCUGAAUGUUUAAGUGUAUAGACAAUUAAUCACUAAUUAUUAUUAUAACCUUAUAUCUAUAUAUGUGCAGUCCUGUAUGUGAAAGCCCUAGUAAAUUGGAUCUUAUUGAAAACAUUUUAUUUAUAUAAGAUUUCUAUCCAAAUCAGCAAUACAGUAUUAUGCAGUCACCUCAGUAUCUCAGAUAGAGAUAGAGAUAGAGAUAAGGGUCAUGCAAUGACAGAGCUCUAGAUUACAUAAAUACAUGAGAUUAUCAGAAACACCAUCCACUUGUUUUAUUGUUGGAUACAAAGCUUGCAGAACUGGAUCGAUUGCCUUCAGAUGAAUAACCAUACAAGCCCAUGCUGACAGUUUUUAGCAACCAGUGUACCCACAGAUGUUUGAUAAGCUUGAGUUUCUGGAAAGAAUGUUAUACAUUGCCUGAAAGUAUACAAUCUCCACUGUCUUUACAUAUGAAUGUUCACGGAGCUUUAAUAGAAAUAGGAGAAUUUAGAAAUUGUCUAAAAACAUAACAUGGACUUGAAUGGUUUUCCAGGACUAACAGAAAUAUUUCAUAUACAUUUAUUGAUUUCAUUUAGUUUGCUCAAACACACUGAUAAAAGCAAUGGUUUGCACUUCUGGGACAAAGUGAUCCAAGAUGUCAGAGAAAAAUGCAUCUAUCAACUGAACAUACUUCUCAAAGUAAUCCUACUGCGGUCUGUUGGUGCGAUUGCAGGGUUGUGGCACAGCUUAGAAGGAAGUUUGAGAAACAAGUGUACAUAAACAUGUGAAAGGAAUCUUCAGUAGAUGAUGUCAAGUUGUCAGAUGUUUGCCAUUGAAAUCAACAUUUUUUUUCUCAUUCUGUAAGUCAGUGGUGAAUAGGCAGCGCUGCAGAAUAUAACUAGUGAGUAGAGUUGGAGGCAGCAGAAGUAGCGUGAACCUGAAACGAUGGAGAACGGUUAAAAGGCACUAGUCUUAGUUUGUGUGAUCAGGGCAGGGAGGCAGAUAGAAAACGAACAUCAUCAUAAACAACGGCAUCAUACCUCGUGAUAUACUACAUCAGAAUUCACCCACACAUACACACUGAAAUACACACACACAAUGCCUUACAGUCCGUUUACCAGGCAAAACACUUUAGAGUGGUUGAUAAGAGUCAGUAUAGACAAAGGACCUAGCCAUUACCUUGAGUAGUAUUCCGCCUUCAUGAAAGCAACCGCCCCUCGUCAGCUGUUUGUUUUUCAUUUUUAAUUUUUCUUAUAAUUAUUACUUUCUUUUUUUACUUACUGAGGCAAAAUGAUUAUUGUCCAAGGCAAACUGGAUCUAGAGAUCUGUGCCCUUUGGUCACUAUGUAGUUAUGCAGCCAGGCCUUCAGGAGUAAAAAACACACAUGAACCUAUGUAUACAUAUGCACACCCACACUCAUGGUCUUCACACCUUAACAGAAUACGGAAAAUAUCAGAUGCUGUUUGUUUAGCAUGUUCUACUGCUGAGCAAUGUUAGAACGUUCUUUUGUACAAAGUACAAGUAUACUUAUAAUUCUUGUAUUUUAUUUUUCUAUAAUUUCCAAAGAGAUGUUGUAGAUCUUGCACACUGUAAGAGGCAGUUACAGCGGAUAUUUAUUUGCAAAUAAAGAUGAACAGUUCUGGUGGUUGACUGCUUAUUUAAUUUUGUUUUGAUUUU